AUAGCAUUUUUAACUGUGUGCAGGACGUUGACUCCGCCUAUGCGGCCGAGAUGUUGGACGUUGCCAAGGAGCUCUAUGCUUUCGGAGACGAAUACCGCCUCGAGUACCACGAAUCCAUCACCGACGCUGGCAACUUCUACAGGUCGUGGAGCGGGUACGGAGAUGAGCUGCUGUGGGGAGCGCUGUGGCUGUACCGAGCUACAGAAGAUGCCACCUAUCUCACCAAGGCUCAGGCAGCCUGGGAUGAGUUUACUCUUGACGAGGGAGCACUACAGUUUUCUUGGGAUGAUAAAAAGGCCGGCGCUUAUGCUCUGGGCUCACUGGUAGACCCCAGCAAUACCAUAUACGAGGAAGCCUUAAAGGCGUUCCUUUCUUACCUGAAGACUGAGGCUCAGUACACCCCAGGUGGUCUUGUCUACCUGGACGCUUGGGGCUCCAACCGUCACGCUGCUAACGUUGCCUUCCUCUCCCUCUUUGCAGCCAAGUAUGGAGACCCAGCAGAUGCAGCCGCUAACACGGAGUGGGCUACAGGCCAGCUCGGAUACAUCCUGGGUGACUUCGGACACUCCUUCGUCGUGGGCUAUGGUGUAGAUCCUCCCACACGUCCCCACCACCGCUCCAGCUCGUGCCCGAUUCCUCCACAGUCUUGUUUGAAAGACAACUGGGGUCAGAACCAGCCAGGUCCCAACCCUCACACUCUCUACGGCGCUCUCGUCGGUGGUCCUGACGGGAAUGACGGCUACACCGACGUGCGCACAGACUACCAGCACAACGAAGUUGCUUGUGACUACAACGCUGCCUUCAGUGGAGCUCUGGCAGCUAUGGUAGAGAUCAGCUAGACGACGCUCUCCUCUCCCAUGAAACUAGUUGAUGUUACAUUAUAGAUUCAGUUGCUUUCCAUGAUGUUUACACUGCACUACACUUCUAAAACAUAAACAUUUUAAAUAUAAUCAUAAUAUAAUAUAAUAUAA